AUCCGUGAUCCGGAACUGGCUGGAAGCUCGAAGGAGCACGAUCCUAACCCGGAAGAGACGACCUUAUCAGUACAUACUCACGGUGACUCCAGACGAAGAGAAGAACGAAAGGAAGGAAGGAGGGAGGAGCAGGACGAGACAGCUGCCACGCUGAACUCGGUAUACAUCAACCUGUGGAGGGUCGCGAGAGAGUGCAUUUGCGGCAGCGGGUCGCGGUGCAGACAAAGUGGGAUGAGACGCCCUCAGCAAGAACAUCUCCAUCAUCAUCACCACCACCAUCAUCACCAUCAUCAUGGAUCCUCAACAAGCCCUACGUGCUCUCGACAAACACACGAUAAGGACGAAUCUCGUCUUGCUCGCGUAAAGCGCGUCCUGGCGGGUUCGCUGUUAGGCCGCGGUGCUGGUUCCAGCAGGAUCUUCGGCACCCGGCUGGAGCUGGUCGAGUCGUAUCUCGACACGGGUGUACCAUACGUGGUGCAUCGGCUAUGCAGCUACAUCGAGGUGCACGGCUUUCAGAGCGCGGCGGUGUUCCGCCUAUCGGGCGGCAGCCCCCGGCUGGCAGAGCGGCUGAGGGCGGCCUUCGAGCGGCGGGGCGACGCCGAUUUGGAGGCUGCCGGUUGUCCGCCGACUGCUGCGACCCUCCUCCGCCAAUAUCUGAAGGAAUUGCCGCAGCCGGUCGUACCAUCCACCCUCGUCGGCAGACUGCUCAAUAUUCACGCCCAGAAUUACACAAACGAUCACGAAUCAUGGAUCGCCUCGACGAAGGAACUGCUGUCGACGUUGCCAUCCUCGCACUAUCGUCUGCUUGGCUAUCUGACAAUUUAUCUUAGCCGAUAUGAGGCACGACACGGACGCAGCGCCGGAGUCUGCGGUGUUUUCGCACCCGUCAUUUUGCCGCAUGUGCCGCCCGCGACCACCCUCCUACGAGACAUCCUUGCCGAAGCGCUCGUGUUGUUCCCCGACUGUAUUCGUGAGAAUACGGUGAAUGGCUUGGUGCCUGCCAGCGACUGUAAGAUCUGCAAGGAUACGAGGGACGAGCCGAAGGACUCCGAGGGUGCGUCUCUGCUUUGCGCGCUGAAACCACGUAAGCGCAAGGAACGUCGCGAGUCCUGCUGCCAGGAACGGAAGCUGAUAAGGAGUAGCAGUGAGGAACGUGUUCUUGACAGUCCCACUGACGUCGCAGAUACAAUCAGACGUGUGAGUAGUCACGAAGAUUUCAACAGUCAGGAACAUUUGCAUAUUUUAUCACAACUCGGUCAAGACAUGGGUCACGGCGUGAGAUGUAGCGGAUUACCGCUUCACGAAAGAACCAACGUUUCGCCGGUUUCAAAGAAAUCAUCAUCGGUGCCAUCACCGUGCGAGGUAGUUAUAGCAACUGAAAAAUUUGACUGUGAUGCCGAAAGAUUGAGGAAUAGCGAACGAUUCAGCAGAAGCAUCACUCCAAGAGGCAGAAGACAAGCGCGCAGAAAAAGAGUGCACAGAGUCCUGGAUACCGACCAGAGUUCCAGCAAGGAAAAUGAAGAGGAGUCUGAAAAUAUGUAUAUCUCCAAUGUAUCACCGAGUCCUACCAAUCAUAAUGGCUCACCAGCUCAAAGCUUCUUGGAGAUGUUGAGCAGUGGACCGAGCAGAUCACCUUCACCAGCUCGUCCACCUACCGUUGAUCAUGAAGAUGUGAAUAAUCCCAGUUUGACAAACUGGGGCUUUCAACAUUUAGAAGGAAACGAAGAAGCCGUGGACGCCCGGGUAGAAGCCAUGCUUUCGCCAAGAAACUCGCUAUUGGUUCCUAGAAGAUUUUACUCUGAAGAAGAGAUACAGCCGACUACGCUUAGUCCAUCGGAAAUGGGAUUAAAAAAUCUUGCAAAACAUAUUAACGGCCUGAAGAAGAAGAUCAAGAAGUAUGAAGAUGAAUUUGAAGAAAAUUUUGGCUAUCGACCGAGUCAUUCAGAUAAGAUGAGCAAUCGCGAUAUCAAACGGCUAUGUACGGAGCUUAAUAAGCUCCGAAAGGAACACAAAUUACUCAAGGAGGAUCCGAUAGGCGCGCUUCUAGCCAAUGCUAACAAUCGACUGAAUACUGCUAGCAGUCCCAUAAACAACAACAAUGGCCAUGAGAAAUCUCGUGUGACAUCGAUGGAGGAAAUGGUUAAAGAAGCGGAGAAGAAACUUAGCGAGAAGCGUAUCAAGUACAAUCGAUCUGAUAAUAUGGAAGAUCUCAAUUAUGACCAAUUGUUGGACGAAAAGACAGCUGUGCAAAAGGCAUUGCUCCACAUUGAAAACACUUUCGGCAGACCAGUUUCUAAGGAAGACAGAGCAGUUGUGCGGCCAUUGUACGAUCGGUAUAGAACUUUAAAGAGACUGCUUAUUAGAGCAGGCGCGAGUAAAAAUAAAGACAGCAUUUCGGAGCUAGCCACGAUUUUAGAGCAUGAAACAAUGGAUUUUACAUCAUCGAGUCUACCGGUAAAUCCCGUAGAAGCUGACAGAAGAGCUAGCGAGCCCGAUAUGUCUCAUCGAGGUAUUUUGGAUUGUAUCGAUCCUGUGGAUCAAUUUCCGACCGAUAGUGAUAGUCAGCAUAGCAGCAGCGAAGGCAGUCGUGGUACUGGGGAAAGUCUUCAUGCUCUUCCUCAGGAAGAAUUAUUAAUGCAACAACGAGCUACUAGAGAGGAGAAAAAGCGACUUCGUAGGGCGUUGAAGGAAUUAGAAGCACAGUUCGAAGCUCGAGCUGGCCGUCGUAUGCAACGCGAGGAUCGUGGACCGCAAGUUACAAGCGUGUAUGAAUCCUAUAAACAAGCGAAAGCGAAACUGAGACUGAUUGAUGCCCUCAUAGCCAAAAAGGCUUGACGUAGUAUUUAAUUCAUGAGUACUGAAGAACUGAUUUGAAAUUAUAUUAUUGAAAUGAUCUUUGAACAUUUAUAAAAAUAUAUAAUUGUCACACCAUGCAGGCACCAUCUGCAAUUUCUACAGUUUCUCUUCUUGCAUGAAUUAAAAAAGGCCUGAAGAAGCAAUAUCUAUGGAAACACAAAGAUCAAUACUAUAAGGUAAUGAGAAUCUAUCGCCCAGAAUCAAAAGAAAACUUUCGAGAACAAAAACGUGAAAGUGGAUAAUAUGAAUGUAAGAUCUACUUCACUUUCGUAAGAUCAUGCCGUAUAUCCUCUUAUGCGGUUUUCUUUCGCUCGUGAAUUCCGUUCGUGUUACGACACUGAGAAAAUACCAUAUGUUUUCAUUGUAUUAAAGUAACGCAUCUUUUUUACAACAGUUAAGUACAUAAACGGACAAUUUAUAGUGAACAAUAGCAAUUGUUUACAAAAUAAAAGCAUGAUAUUGGGAUAAUACAUUUGAACUCUUUAAGCAUUAAUAAUUCUAGAACAUAAAGUGAUUAUUAUAUAUCGUAUGGUAUUACCGUACGAUAUAUCGUAAUAUUUAUACGAUGAAAUAAUCGCGUAUCUUGUUCACCGGUUCACUUUAUAUUUAACAUAUUCAUUUGCAAUGGAAAAUUUCCAUUUAAUUGUCCUCCAUUCAUUUGCCCCAUUAGGAUAAACUUUUGACGUUAAUAAGAAACUGGAUGUUUAUUUUGAUAUAUUUACAGUUUAUAAAAUUGAUCAGUUAUAUAAAUAUAUAAAAAAUGUACUUAUAUUUUAUAUAUAUAUAUAUUUGUUGCAAAGAUCUCUAAACUUGUUUGUACUUAAAGUGUCAAGUUUUAUAGCGAUUAAUGCAAGAACAGAUAUCGAAAGGAUAAGGCCCAGAAAUAAAAAUAAAAAUGUCAUUUUAAAUCAUUAAGACAACACAUCCAGAUCAAGAUUUUUCCAACGUAUAACGACGUAUGUCGUUACGAUUUUGAGAAACAACAUAACACAUUUAUUUUACAGUCAAAUAUAUAAUUUUAUUUAUGUAAUAUAAUAUUUACAUUUUGAAGAGAAUAGAAUAUCUAUGCGACAUUUUUUUUUUUUAUUAUCGAGAGAAGUGUGUCGUUUAAAUUUUGCUUGCAAAACUUUUCUUUUACUGAAUUUUUUUUGCAGAUAAUAAUUAUUGUAUUAUUAAGACUUAAAAGAGAAAUGAUAGAAAAAAAACGGGUUUUAUAUAAUGAUUAACAUUUAUAGUGAACCCGAAAUUUAUUUUAUCAUCUUAAUCGCUGAAGUCGAACGCUGAAAGAGUGAAGAACGAAUUUGUGGGGUUACUCGUAAUAUAAGUACCUUGUAAGAGAUAUCACAUGUUGUAAUAUUGUAGAGUACUAUCAAAUGUUACGAUCUUAAUAACGUAUUAAAAGAGAGAGAGAAAAAAAAGAAUAUUCACUAAGAGAAGCUCGUUGAUUUUUGCGUUUAUAUUUUUGUACAAGUACGAUUUUAAGGCCGUUCACAAUGUAUACACACACACAACCGAUUAGGGAUUACCAUAAAAACGCCUUAAAAUUCCACUUGGGUCGAUUUUUUCACAUAGAAUUUCACAAAUCAAAGGUGCUAAUGGCUUAAGUUCUACCGCAUGCUGACUAAUACGAAAGAAAUGCUUUGCGAAUCUUACUGACGAUGAGUUGUAAUCACGCUGAAAGAUUUUUUUUUUUAUUAGGACAUAAUAGCGACAAAAUCAACCACCGUCUCACUCAAUUAGGAAUUCUAAUACGCAAUCGAGAUACAAAAGUUGUGGUGAUUUUAACUGUUUCGGCACCGGAAAUCGAAAAUGAAAAUUGGCGAACAAACAAACCCGCUUUUAAUGCUGAUUUUGCACACCCGCAGGUAACAGAUUAAAGUUUUCCAAAUGCAACCAUGUGGCAGCAAAGCCGCUUGUGAACACAAAAUGCAAAAUGCAAAAUGCAUGUCCGUUCUAAUUAACAAAAACGAAUAAAAAACAAAAAAAAGAAAACAAUUUUUUAGACCAAAGCAUUUUUUAGUCUGUGAUAUAAUGAGAGAUAUAUUUGCGUUAAGAUGAAAGAAUGUGUGUGUGUGAAGUACUCGGUUCCAUUUCUUUUUUCCUUCUUUCUUUGUGAAAACGAUUUUGUAGAAGAUUGAGAGGUGAAGGGAGAUGAUUUUUCCUUCGUAGGAGAUGAAUCGAGGUCGGCGAUAUCUUCAGAAGAUUCUACAGCGAUGACGAUAACAUAAACGAAGCAGAGUCCUUUUUCGAAAGAACGGUUGGAGACAGAAUAAUCGUGGAGAAUACAAGAAAAAGAGAGAAAUCGGAAUUUUUCACAGACGUACCAGUGAUUGAAAUAAAUACAAAAAUAAAUAUCGAAACAAGAAAUUUAGUAAACGUUAGGUUGUAUCUCUUUGUUAAUUGGUCGAUCCUUGGAAUUAAUCUCUCUUAUCUCUGCUGCCGUUUACUCACACCAUCAUUUGAUAUGUAAAAUACAAAAAUGGGCGACAGUAAAGAUACUUUAUUACCGCGUUUAUAAGAUCAUUUUCCCCGCGUUUGUCACGGCAUCAUUGUCCUCCAUCCGUACUGCCAAAAGGACUGCUGUUCACAAGAGAAAAUUAAUUUUGUAUUCGACGCUACAGGAAUGUUUUUAUUUCCCGCGGGUGCGCCAGAACCGCGCCCCUCUACUAGUAAGAAAGAGAGAGAGCAAAUUAGUAUUAUCGUAGAUCUAAGAUAACAUUUUAUAUUAACGUUAAUUAAGAUACAUUUUGUAGCGGAUAGUAUCUUUAUGCAUAGAGAUAGAUCGCGUGAUUUUGUGUAGACGCUUUGAAAGAAAGAGAGAGAGAGAGAGAGAGAGAGAGAGAGAGAGAGAGAGAGAGAGAGACAGAAGCAGGAAUACUUUAGAACAGAAGAUAGGACAAAGGGAAGCGAGAACAUUUUAUUUAGCGAAGCUAAGAGACAGAAUAUCGGAUAGAUCACAAAUCGUUUAAUUAGAUUUGAAAAAAAGGAACGCUAGAUAUUCCAUGUGGAUUAUAUGAUCUACGAACAUAUCUAGAGAAAUUAGAAUCUUGCGACAGAGAGAAAGAAAUGAAAAAAAGUGAAAAAAAGAAGGGCAUAACAAUUAAUUACUCUUGGAUAUCGUUGUACGUAGCUGCAACUGACAAUUGCAAUCGACCGUGUGAGCCGCGACGACGAAGAAUCCGUCUCUAGCGGAAGUCCUAUGAUCACCUUUGGCGUUUAUACACAAAUGUUGAUUCUGUAUAUACAUAUAUAAAUAUAUAUAUAUAGAGGUAUAUAUACACACACACAAACACACACAGACGGAGCUGCGUAUAUACGUAAGAUACAAACAAUCAUACAUGCAUACAAACGAAAUAAUACACAUUAUUAUGGGGUAGCAGAAUUGAAUAAAAUGGAAUAUCAUCUGCUGGAAA